AUGAAACGCCUUGGAGAGCGAUUUCAGCAACGCCGACAACAGACAGGCUCCCUCCAGCAGCAACUUUCCAGCGGAAGCACUGAUGUGGCUCUUGGCAAUGCAUCAACAUUGCCGAAAGCCACAUCAGGAGACGAAGCAAGCACACGAACAAGCCUUUCUACCGGCAUCACGUUGCGCCAGACACAGCAGCAGCAGGCGGGCAGCCCAUCAGUAUUAGACCGGUGUACAGGAGCUACAGGAUCUCCCUCUGUUCUCUCACCUUCGAAAGGAGCACCCCUGCCCCAAUCUUCUUGUGAGCAGCAUCCCGAUUCCCCACGUGGUUCAAGUUUCCCCGUACAAUUCACAGGAAUAAAUUCAGGAGCAAUACGAGCAUCAUGGCGGGCAGAAGGCCAUUCCACGAGACAGCAGCACCUCCGGACAGGCGAUCGUGACGCGGCUGCUACCGCUGGAACGACUGCAGGAACGACAACAGCGACCAGAUCCAUCCAUGAAACAGCUGCAGAAGGUGCUUCCGAAACUGCGGCAGAGGCAGGAAGCUCUACUGCAGCAUCAACAGAUUUGUCUUUGCAGCACCCUGCAUUUUGUCUGUCUCGAGCAGCAGCAGGAGCACCAAAAGACACGCGCGAUGUACAGCUAACUCGGGUAAUUUGCUGUUUUUUACUGCAGCAUGCAACGCAACAGGAAGCAGCAGCAGGAACUUCUUCAACUGCUGUCAAGCUCGGGUCGUUGCCGCACAAGAUCAUUCUGCGGCAGCCACUGUCUGUUGCUGCGCUUCCUGUUUUGAUUAGAAGGGCAGUGGCAGCGGUAGCGACACUGCACCAUAGCCGGCGGCUUGCGCAGUAUCCAGCCGCAGAGGUUGCAGCUAUCAUUAACCAAUGCAGUAGCAGCGCCACUGAUAGCAAUCAUGAAACAAGCACCAAUAGCCAUUUUAGCGGCAACAACAGCUUCUGUGGGGUCCCUGCUCCUAUGCCCAUGCUGAAAGCUGAUGGAGAGGGGCCGCUCAGGGCAGUAUCUGCGGUGUAUCCUCACCGAGUGGCUGCCUUUUUGCUUCAACUGCAUGCUCAGAGCAGCAGAUGUGGGCAACAGCAUCAACAACAAAAGCAGCAGAUGCACGGUGUUCCUCAAACAAUGCAGCAAAAGCAGCAGCUGCGGCACCAGCAGCUGUAUGAACAGCAGCAGUUAGUAAUGCAUCAACAGCACCUCCACAAACAACUCAGACACCAGGAUGCCCAGCAGGAGGGUAGGCUUUUGCAGCAGCAGCAGCAAGAAGCAGAGCUUGAGGCGCUCCUUAGCGAGCCUACGGCGAAGGUGGCGGCGGUCUUUCGGACGUCUUCUUCUGCUACCUUUCGCCCCCUUUGUCCCCACGGUACACGCGAUGAAUGUGCCGAGGCUCUUAGGCGACAGGGUGUCUCCCCACAUUCUUCUCGUACUCUUUGCAACAAGUUGCACUUUAGGAAGAUCAUUGUAGAAGGCCUUACAGACGAGCGUUUAGGCGACUGCAGUUACUUGGACACUUGUCGCCACAUUGAGAAGUGCCGAUUUGUGCAUUACGAGCUCGAACAAAAGCCCAACGAGGAGCCCGUAGAGCCCUACUCCAUUGGUCCGCAGUGCCUCACAGAGAAGUAUCCCGCUCAAUGGAUUCGUUGCGACAUUCGGACAUUUGACUUCUCAAUCUUCAAGCCCUUUGUGGACGUAGUGAUGGCGGAUCCUCCCUGGGAUAUUCACAUGGAUCUGCCUUAUGGCACAAUGACGGACGACGAAAUGCGCAGCCUUAGAGUAGAUUUGAUCCAGGAUGAGGGCUUGCUGUUUCUAUGGGUAACUGGAAGAGCUAUGGAACUCGCGAGGGAAUGCCUGCAGCUAUGGGGAUAUCGUCGGGUUGAGGAAAUCCUGUGGGUCAAAACAAAUCAGCUGCAACGUAUUAUACGCACGGGCCGUACAGGCCACUGGCUUAACCACUCAAAGGAGCACUGCUUGGUGGGGGUUAAGGGCAACCCGAAGGUAAACCGCAACAUCGACUGCGAUGUCAUCGUCAGCGAAGUCCGGCAAACCUCCAGAAAGCCAGAUGAGAUCUACAGGAUGAUAGAAAGGAUGCGCCCUGGUACAUUGAAGGUGGAGCUGUUUGGCCGGCAGCACAACAUCAGAAAUAACUGGAUCACAUUGGGCAACCAGCUAGAAGGCGUCAAGCUCGAAGAACCAGCGGAGCUCGCUCACAGGUACAACGCAUUUGUUGCAGCCAACCCCAGUAAAUACAACGAAGAAUGCCCCAGAAAAUCGCUGAGUACACACAGUCACGUGCACCGUGUUGAUGUUACUGCUACAGUUCUACCCAUACUUUCCAAUGGGGCAAGUUCGCUGCAGCAGCGAGCCCAAAACAUGAAACCAGAGGAGCAAAUGCAGCAGCGUCAGCGGCAGAGUGACAGAAGGAAGCGAAAACCGCUGAAAAAGACCAGACAACUGACUCACGCACACCUUAAUGGCCUUAGGCUCAAAGUUUGCCCUUCCUUCGCUGGCUGUACCUCCUUAGAGGUAUGACUUUGUAUCUGGGGUUGGCCGUUUAGGCUCUAGCGUUCAUAUAUUAGCUUAGUGGUAUAUUUGUACUGCAACAGUCUCUCUACAGUGUCAGCACUGAGCGCUUUACCCCGACUACAGCGGUUGUACUUACAUCAUAACGAGCUGGGAUCCAUUUCUUCUAUCUGUGGCCUCCCGGCUCUUCGAGAACUCGACGUCUCCUUCAACCGUCUUACCACCUUAGACGGCCUCACGGGUUGUCCCCUGUUGCAAACCUUGUAUGCAGACAGCCAACAACUUCAAUCUCAGGAACAGAAGGACCAGGAAACCGAAGGCCUUAGAUUCAAUCAAGAUACUCUGGAAGCCCUAGCCCCUUCGCUCACUUUCCUCCGUCUCAGAAGCAACAAAAUUAAAUCGCUUAAUCCUCUUGCUGUGUUGCACCAGUUAGAUACCUUGGACGUUGCUGGAAACAAUCUAGAGGAACUGAAUCAGCUGCAGCAGUUGCUGCAGCAGUGCACUAGAUUAAAGCAUCUGACCCUAAUCGAUAACCCCCUAACAAAGCUCCGAGGCCUUGAAGGAAGAGCCCAAAUUCUUGCCGCUUGCUCCAGUAAGCUGCAGACCCUUGAUGGGCGGGUUCUGCUUCAGCAUGAACAGCGACAUGCCUUGCUGCUCCUACGACAAAAGCAAGGCAGCACAACCUUUAACAAGGGGUUCCACUAUAGUAAUAGCACCUUUACAGCACAAAUGCAAGAACGUCGGCUCUGUGGGCGUAGCAUAAAGCGCGGUCACAGUGCAGCGUGUAGCAACAAAGGAACCAGAGGCAGCAGUUGA